AUGAGAGCAGAGAUUCAGAAAGUUGGAGAGCAGCUGAGGAGGAGCCUAAUCUUCUCCGCCUCUAUCAGGAACUCGUUCACGGACAUCCUGCGAGCGAUCCUGCUCUCUCUGGAGGUUUUGAUAGAGAACCCGGAGCUCCAGAUCAACGGCUUCAUCCUCAUCAUCGACUGGAGCAACUUCUCCUUCAAGCAGGCCUCCAAGCUCACGCCCAACAUCCUCAAACUGGCCAUCGAAGGCCUCCAGGACAGUUUUCCCGCUCGGUUUGGAGGAAUCCAUUUUGUGAAUCAGCCGUGGUACAUUCACGCCAUGUACACCAUCAUCAAACCGUUCCUCAAGGACAAGACCAGGAAGAGGAUCUUCCUCCACGGUAACAACCUGAACUCGCUCCACCAGCUCAUCCAGCCCGAGUGUUUGCCGUCAGAGUUCGGUGGGACUCUGCCUCCGUACGAUAUGGGCAUCUGGGCCCGAACGCUGCUGGGACCCGACUACAACGACGAGACCGAGUACACGCUGACCUACGACGCCCUGCACGUCAGGGAGAACUGUGGAGGAGGAGGAGGAGGAGACAAGGACAUGAUGAAGAG